CGCCCCGGCGUCAUCCCGCCAGUCCCUCUGACGGCGAGCGAAGAUGGCUGCACGGAGCUGGCAGGACGAGCUGGCCCAGCAGGCCGAGGAAGGCUCGGCCCGCCUGCGAGAAAUGCUGUCGCUCGGCCUCGGCUUUCUGCGCACGGAGUUGGGCCUCGACCUGGGGCUGGAGCCGAAGCGGUACCCGGGCUGGGUGAUCCUAGUGGGCAGCGGCGCGCUCGGGCUGCUGCUGCUCUUCCUGCUGGGCUACGGCUGGGCCGCGGCUUGUGCCGGCGCCCGUAAGAAGCGGAGGAACCCGCCCCGCAAGCGGGAGGAGGCGGCCGCGCCGGCCCCGGCCCCCGAGGACCCGGCCCAGCUCAAGAACCUCAGGAGCGACGAGCAGAAGAGAAAGAACCGGAAGAAGCUGCCCGAGAAGCCCAAACCAAAUGGAAGGACUGUUGAAGUGGCUGAAGAUGAAGUUGUUCGAACUCCCCGAAGUAUAACAGCAAAGCAGCCACCAGAGACAGACAAGAAAAAUGAAAAGUCAAAGAAAAAUAAGAAGAAAUCAAAGUCAGAUGCUAAAGCAGUGCAAAACAGUUCACGCCCUGAUGGAAAGGAAGUUGAUGAAGGAGCCUGGGAAACUAAAAUUAGUCACAGAGAGAAACGACAACAGCGUAAACGUGAUAAAGUGCUGACUGAUUCUGGUUCAUUGGAUUCAACUAUCCCUGGGAUAGAAAAUGCCAUCACAGUUACCACCGAGCAACUUACAACUGCAUCAUUUCCUGUUGGUUCCAAGAAGAAUAAAGGUGAUUCUCAUCUAAAUGUUCAAGUUAGCAACUUUAAGUCUGGAAAAGGAGAUUCUACACUUCAGGUUUCUUCAGGAUUGAAUGAAACCCUUACUGUCAAUGGAGGAGGCUGGAAUGAAAAGUCUGUAAAGCUCUCCUCACAGAUCAGUGCAGGUGAGGAGAAGUGGAACUCUGUUCCACCUGCUUCUGCAGGCAAGAGGAAAACAGAGCCAUCUGCUUGGACUCAAGACACUGGAGAUGUUAAUACAAAUGGAAAAGACUGGGGAAGGAAUUGGAGUGAUCGUUCAAUAUUUUCUGGCAUUGCUGCUUGGUCUAGUGUGGAUAGGGGAAUGAAUACCUCUGAACAGAAUUCUGCUUCUUUUGCAUCUCUCACACUUAACUCUGCUGUUUCUGGGUCUACUGCUGAGCCAGUUUCUCAGUCUACCACUUCUGAUUAUCAGUGGGAUGUUAGCCGUAAUCAACCCUAUAUCGAUGAUGAAUGGUCUGGGUUAAAUGGUCUAUCUUCCGCUGAUCCCAGCUCUGAUUGGAAUGCACCAGCAGAAGAGUGGGGAAAUUGGGUAGAUGAAGAAAGAGCUUCACUUUUGAAGUCCCAGGAAGCAGUUCCUAAUGAUCAAAAGGCUUCAGAUGAUGAUAAAGAAAAGGGAGAGGGAGCUCUUCCAUCUGGGAAAUCAAAAAAGAAGAAAAAGAAAAAGAAGAAGCAAGGUGAAGAAAACUCUAUUGCACAGGACACAGAAGAAUUAGAAAAAGACAUAAGAGAAGAGCUUCCAGUGAAUAAUACCUCUAAAGCACGUCCAAAACAGGAAAAAGCUCCUGUGAAGACCAUAAGCACUAGUGAUCCAACUGAAGUACCUGUCAAAAAUAACCAGCCUACCAAGACUCUUCCACCUGCUGUUUCUACCGAGCCAUCUGUUACCUUAUCAAAAAGUGAUUCUGACAAGAGCUCUUCCCAAGUGCCACCAGUGCUCCAAGAUACAGAUAAAUCCAAGACAAAUACCAAGCAAAACAGUGUGCCUCCUUCACAGACUAAGUCUGAAACUAACUGGGAAUCUCCCAAACAAAUAAAAAAGAAGAAAAAAGCCAGACGGGAAACGUGAAUAUUUUUUUUUCCUGAAUUGGACAUGUGUUUGCAAACACUGUCUUGAAGAUUACGCUGUUUAUGCAAUAAUUUGUGAACAUGUACAGAGUUUUAUAAAAAUUUAAACCAAUUUUUAAAACAAAACUGUGAACACAGCCACCAUAAAAUGGAAUCAAAGUUAAUUUAUAAAAUUAAGAGGUCAGCAGAGUAUAUACUACAGUGCUGGAAGACACUUGGGAAAAUCUUUUCAAUUGAACAAGAAUGAUCUUUAUUUAAGAACAUUAUCCUGGUUUUACAACAGUGCCCUGUUUACAACAGAUUGUGCCCUAUCUCAUCUGCAGCUGAGGAAUAAUGGAUUCUGAUUAGAGAGGGUUUGCCUAUUAAGUUAGUAGGCAGGUCCUUACAUCUUAUGCAUGAACUUUACCAUUUGAAUCUGUUUUAUGCGUAAAUCAAAGUGCUUUGAUCAGAUGCAUAUCUGCCAUAUCUUUACAUAUUUGUUGGAAGCAGUUUGUAUUAAAUUAAUCACAAGUGCAAAUAAAAAGUCAUUCAUCAUUUGUUUAACUAAACUGUCAGAGUUUAGUUGCCGUUUUUAAAAAGUUCUUAAAACAUUGAAAUGCAAUUGACAGAUACUCAUGGCUUAUGAAGUUAUUUUUGAUAGUCUUACAUUACUUGAAUUGUUCAAAGUACAGUAUAUUUUAAAUUAAGAAAGGUAAUAAAUUAUAUGUAUUUGUCUUAUACAUUUAAAGUUCAGACUAACAAAUGAUGCUCUUGUUUAUGAUUUUAAAACUUUGAGGCAAAAUCCAACUUAAUAUUUUUCCUUUCCCUAGCGAUUUUUUUUUCCAGUGUCAAUUCUUAAUUGCUAAUAAUGUUUUACUUUAAAAAUGAAGUCACUUACAACCUUUGAGCAUAUGAUGGAGAAUGAAAAACUAUAGUCAGACAGCUUUAAUUGACAUUGUCAAGACCUCCAGUUAUCAGGAAUACAUUUUUUUACUGCCUUAACCUGUAGUGUGUAGAAUAUGCAUCAAUUUCUUGAAGGGGAUUCAUGUUUUUAUAAGAAUUUCAUGUAAUUAUUGCAAUUGUGGUCAAAUAAGGAAGUUUUCUGCUUGAAACUGUAUUGAUUUAAAUGAUGUGUGAGAUGUUACACCAUUUCAGGCACUGUGUAAUUCUAUUGUAAUAAACUGGCAGGUAUCUUUGUAACUAUAAAUAGUGCAUGCUUGGUCAUGUACACUGUAAAUAGCCUUUACCAAACGUGUUUGACAAGGACCAUAAUUAACAUCACCUAGUGAAUUGUGAUAAAGAAAAAAGCCAUGAUUUAUUUGAUGUAAGCGGCUUAAUUGUUUUCAUGUGGCGCCAAGAAUGAACCUGUUUAACAGCUGUAACCAAUGGUACUGAUCUAUCCAUCCAUUGUUGUCUUGAUUCUAUUUGGUUGUGGUUUAAUAGUAUUGUCAGAUGAAGAAAGCUAAAAGAAACAAACUGGCUUUAGUUUUGCUAAAGACUGGCCUUAUUAAUGGACAGCUUUCCUCACAAGCGAUUGUUAACUUUUAUCAGGUGUUAACAUCUGUUUCAGGAACAUGGCAGUAUGUUUACAUGUCAGAAGUUUUGUUUAAUUCUAUGGUAUUUCUAAAUUGAUUUGUUUAAAUAAAUUCAGCAAAUGGAUAGCAUUGUUUUUAUUUGCUUCAGUAAUGGGGUAAAUAAUAGCUAAAGUGCCAGGAUUAAAUUUCUUCAAGUGACUGUCUUGUGAGCUUUACAUAAGUGUUUCGUAGACAGAUCUGAAGAUUCCUAAGUUGUCAGCACUUUGUAAAGGCAUCACAAAGGGAAAUUUGGUAGGGAGUCUAUAAUUAUCAAUAGAAUGUGCCAAAAGGUCUAUGCUCAAAAGUUGAAUUGAACUCUCUCAACUCUACCUCACCAUUUAGUUAUCUUGGAAUUCUGUUGGGUGUAGAUGUUAUUUCUCAGUCCAGCAUCUCCUUCUUCAGCCACUUACACCAGGUGGCAGCAGCACCAUCCUCUAAGGAGAGGAGAAGCACAUUGCUAAAUUGGGGUGGAUCUGGAAUGGAGGUAACCUCUAUCCUUUCCCUGACUCAGCAGGAGCUAGGACAUGCAUUUUGCAUUUUGUGUUUUUAAAGAGGUGGCAGCUAUAUGAAAAUUAACCCCAUUCUCUUUACCAUGCAUGAGGUGUGUAAGCUCUUUUGCACAAUUAAAGUAUUCAUUGCUCUUUCCCUGUUCAUAAGAUCUUAUGUGAUGUUACAGCAGUUUCUGGUAUCUGAACAGAGGAGUGGUUUCUGUAAUCAACUUGGAAGACACUACAAUCUAGCGUUGGUUCAGGGAACAGGAAAGGAAGCCUGUGGUUUAGUGGCAUGGAUUAAUGAUCCCUAGACUGCUAGAAGGGAAGCAACUGACCCCUUUGGACCUUGCCAGUCCUGGACCUCAUGGAGAAAUAGCUCAGAAGCCUGUCUCACAUGCUCCUGGAUCUUUUCUAUUCUGGAGCAGGGAGGAGGUUUCAGAUUUCUCCGGGCUGGGAUCCUACCUGUCUAUACCCUGAAUUGGGCAACACAACAGUUGAGAGAGUCCAAAAGAAAGCACUGAAGUAAAAUGUGAUCAGUGUAAUUUACUAUGUUUAAUUUGUGCAUGCGUUUUAUUGGGGAAGGGAGGUCGGAAUAAUUUAUCUCAAUCUAAUGGUAUUAUUUCAUAGACUAAUCCAGUUUGCAUUUGAGUUAAAGAUGCCAGAGGGUAAUAUUUAACUGCAGAAUUUAGUUUUUUGUAAUUAAAAACAGUCCUCUAUUAAUAUAGUGUGAAAUACCUUUCAAACUUUAGGACUUAGUUUUUAAGAUGCCUAAUGGAUAUCUUGGGAUUUUCCUGUAAACUCAUUGCACAAACUGGAAUUACUUUCCAAAAGGCUUAGGGAACGAAAAAUAUGUACUUUGUAAGAUGCAUUGAGUAUUGUAAAUAAAACAAACCACUUUUGUUUUGUUUUG